AUCUCGACACCCCACAGCGCUCCCAUGGCGGCGGCGGCGGAGUGCGGCAGCGGCGGCGGAGGCGGGAAGGUGUCGUUCAAGGUGAUCCUCACCUCCGACCCCAAGCUCCCCUUCAAAGUGUUCAGCGUGCCGGAGGCGGCGCCCUUCACCGCGGUGCUCAAGUUCGCCGCCGAGGAGUUCAAGGUCCCGCCCCAGACCAGCGCCAUCAUCACCAACGAUGGAGUAGGCAUCAACCCACAGCAAAGUGCAGGCAACGUGUUCUUGAAGCAUGGCUCGGAGCUGCGUCUGAUUCCCCGCGACAGAGUCGGAGCGUCGGCUACACCCUUCUAAUUGCUGUUACAGUCGACAGCGAAGAAACUUAUAUAAGAGAAUAAAUCGUUGCUUGAUCCUUGCCUGUACAAUGUGACAGUUUGAUGAUAAUUUAUCAUGAACAACAACCAAUGACUGGUUGAAGAUAGUUUACCAA